AUGUCAUCAAACAAAGAUUCAGUUGUAAAAACUUGGUGGAAAGAAGCAUCUGUCUAUCAAAUUUAUCCCGCCUCUUUCAAAGACUCAAAUGGCGAUGGUCUUGGCGAUAUACCUGGUAUCAUUUCCAAGCUUGAUUACAUCGAAUCACUAGGUAUCGAUAUCAUAUGGAUAUGCCCAAUUUUUGAUAGCCCUCAGGUAGAUGUUGGUUAUGACAUUUCAAACUAUAAAGAUAUAUAUCCUCCAUAUGGUACACUCGCCGAUGUGAAAGAGUUAAUCGAGAAGUGCCAUAAGCGUGGUAUUAAAGUUUUAAUGGAUCUUGUGGUAAAUCAUACAAGUGACCAGCAUCGGUGGUUCCAAGCAGCAAAAGAGAGUAAGGUCAAUGAGUAUCGUGAUUUCUAUAUCUGGCGAAAGCCCAAGUUUGGACAGAAUGGAGAGCGUCAGCCGCCAAACAACUGGGCUGCUGCGUGGGGAGGGAGUGCAUGGCAGUAUGACGAAGCUUCUGAUGAGUAUUAUCUUCAUCUCUUCGCCCCUGAGCAACCUGAUCUUAAUUGGGAUAAUCCUGCUGUCCGAAAAGCAGUUCACGAUAUUAUAAUAUUUUGGCUUAAAGCUGGUGCAGAUGGGUUCAGGAUGGAUGUGAUCAACUUCAUCAGCAAGGAUACUGAGUUUCCAGAUGCCGAAGUAACACGGAAAGAUACAAAAUGGCAGUCCGGUCACAAGCAUUUUGCUUGCGGUCCAAGGCUUCAUGAAUACCUCCUUGAGAUCGGCCAAAUACUGAAAGAGUAUAACGCUUUUUCAGUCGGUGAGAUGCCCUAUGUGGAUGAUCCCAAAGAGAUCAUUAAAGCUGUUCGAUCUGAUAGAGAUGAGCUAAAUAUGAUUUUCCACUUUGAGAUAGUUGACAUGGACCACGGGGAGCGUGGGAAAUUCUCGCCCCGUCAAUGGAAGAUGUCAACUCUUAAAGAAAUUGUCAACAAGUGGCAGCAAUUCAUGAUCUCCAAUGAUGGAUGGAAUGCCCUAUAUCUAGAAAACCAUGACCAGAGUCGUAUGGUUUCUCGGUGGGGCUGUGACUCUCCAGAAAACCGAACAGAUUGUGCAAAGAUGUUCGCAACGUUUUUAGCUUUACAAAGCGGGACUGUCUUCAUAUAUCAAGGGCAAGAGCUUGGCAUGAUAAAUAUUCCUCUAGAGAGAGAAGUUAAAGAAUAUCGUGACCUUGAAACUAUCAACGCUUGGAAUGAUAUGAUGCGUGACUUUCCUGAAGACAAAAAGCUCCACGACAUUGUCAAGAAAGAGAUACAGAAGAAAUCGCGUGACAAUGCACGGACUCCAAUGCAGUGGGAUGCAACUACAUAUGCUGGAUUUUCGACUACUAAGCCUUGGCAGCGAGAGAAUGAGAGCUACACUUCCAUAAACGCUGCCGCUCAGGUUGGGAACCCAACGAGUGUUUAUGAGUACUGGGCUUCGUUACUACGUUUGCGCAAGACUUACAAGGAUGUGCUUGUCUACGGCGACUUUCAACUCAUUGAUUCCGAUAAUGAUAACAUCUUUGCAUACCUUCGUACUUCUACAGAUAAAAAGGUAUUAGUUCUCGCCAACUUUCGACCAUUUAAUGUUACAUGGAAGAAGCCGGAUGGUCUCGGCGCAUUAGGACCAAUCCUAAUUGAAAAUGAAACUACAGAUAUCAAAAGCGAGUGCCUAACUCUUAAGCCCUUCCAAUCGUUUGCGUGCUUUGUGGAGUAG